CAUUUUCAAGGCCGAAAAGUAUAUGAACAAACAUCACCACAUUAAUUUUUUUGUAUCCAAAUUUAUUUUUCGGACAUAUUUUUCUGCCAGUUGUAAAAUUGUCUCAAACGCGAUAAAGACGUAUAUUGAAUAACUUAUUAUGUUGCAUCAUUGAAUUUGUAAAUAUUUUUGAAGCUUUUUUCUAAAUGCGCUGAGUAAAAGGAAUUUGUUUACGAUUAAAGUGUUUAAUUUGCAAAAACUGUUUUUGUUUGUUUUAUUUGUUUGCAUCGGUUUAAGUGAAAUUUUCAUAAUGAACUUACAACAUUUGUGUUUGAUUUUAAUAUUUCCUGUGGUUAUUGAAUGCCAGUUCAAUAUGACAGCUUAUAGAAAAAUGCCACCUCUUUAUAUCAUAGACGACUAUGAUGCUUGUUUGGAAACUGAAAAUAUUGCAACUUAUUGUUUAGCUAUUGGAGAAAUUGUCCCUAAUGCAACAUCAGCACUUUGGCAGCAGAUUGAAACGUUUUCAUCAGCAACAAGACUUCAUUUUCAACACAACUAUCUUUACUUUGGAGUAUGUUUGACUGAUUGUCAACAAACCGUCAGUAACUUAAAUUCAUCUUUGAGGAAAGAACUUUACGCCGGAACAAUAGAGAAUACAGAGCUAGUUGAGUACUUUUCCGACAUAAAUAAAAUCGAUGCUGAAGUAAGAUUUCAAAAUGAAGAAACCAUAAAUAUCUGUUUAAACUAUGAUUUUGAGAAACAGUAUGAUUUACAAACGCGAUCUUUUGUCGAAUAUUGCGUUACCAAUGAAAAAUAUCCAAAUUACAAUUAUUUGGAAAUCGUUUUUUUGGGUCUUAUUGGAACACUCUUGUUUUUGGUUAUCGUUUCAUCCAACUAUGAUCGUCAAUUGAAAAGUAAACAGGUUAAUUUUCAAGGCAAUACAUUUUACCAACAACAUUUGCACACUCUACAGGAUACCAUGUUGACAUCGUUUUCAAUGUUUCGUAAUUACUAUCGUCUCGUGGUACCAUCGAAAAGUGAACUGGCUCGAGACUUAAGAUUUCUAGAGACCUAUAGAUUCUUUGCAACUCUUUUGGUGGUCUUUGGCCAUGUUCUCCUUUCAAUCAAAGGAGUACCUCUUCAGAAUACUCAGUUUAUAGAACAACUAUUCUAUAAAAUGGAAACGCAACUAUUUAUAAAUGGAACUGUUAUAAUUCAAGUAUUUUUGGUAAUCAGCAGUUUUUUGAUGUGCAUUCAUUUUCAAAAAUCCCUCGCUUCGAAAAAACCUGGAAUUGCAGAAUGGUUUCAUAUGAUUUUGUAUCGAUAUUUGAGGCUUGCGCCUUCGUUAGCAUUUAUGAUUCUUUUGAACGGCUCAGUCUUGCCACGCUUUCAAGAGGGACCAUUUUGGAGACACACUGUUGGCGCUGAAAAUGUACUCUGUCAGGAAACAUGGUGGAGAAACUUACUUUUCAUUAAUAACUUUACUUUAAGAAAAAGUUGUCUUCAACAAACUUGGUAUCUUGCUACAGACUUUCAGCUUUAUGUGGUAUUUGCUGGUUUACUCAUUUUUAUGGCAAGGUUUCCCAAAACCAAAAACUAUGUCCUAGGAUUCGCCAGUAUAAUCUCAUUCCUCUGUACGGGAUUGGUAACAUAUUUCCUAGAACUUGAUGCAGCGCACCAGGAAACUCCUGAUUCUUAUCGGUAUUUGUUUUGGACUAAUGGAGAAACGAUCUAUAAAGGUUAUGCUCCUUUUUACAUGAAUUUCGGAGGCUUUGUUUUUGGAACAAUUACAGCUUUGAUUUUUUUGAAAUACAAAGAUGAAGGCUUGGACAUGAAAGGAAAGAAAUCCACACUUAACAGGAUAGUCGUUAUAUCUCUUCCAUUGCCAUUCCUUAUGCUAUUAUCGGGACAAAUAUUUUAUAGUUUUGAAUUCAUUAAACCUUCUGUUUGGAUCGCCAUCUAUGCUGGUAUGUUCCGAAACGUUUGGGCAAUAUGGUGUUGUUCCUUGGUGCUUUUGAUGGCUUUUAAAAUAGGAUCCAUAUUUUAUAGAUUCUGUUCUCUGAGGAUAUUUGCACCUUUGGGACGAUUGUCUUUCCAAGUUUUUUUGAUUCAUACAAUAAUCAUUCGUUGCAUAGUGGGUUGUAUUCGUCAACCAAUAUUUAUUAAUAAUUUAGUAUUGAGUAUGUACAUAGCUGCAAGUGUGGUCAUAUCAUUUUUCUUUGCAUUUUUCUUGUAUACUUGUUUUGAAUUACCUUUAGCAACUAUUAUAAAUGCAGCAAUAAAAGGAUUUGGAGCACCAUCAAGGCCUACAAAUUCAUCUAUGGCAGUUACGAGAAAUCCUGCGACGUAAACGGGAGCGCCAACAAGUGAAAACAAAGAGGAAGUAGUAGAGGCAUGAGUACCGAAAUUAUUUAAGAUAUUUAUAUUUAAUAAAUCUUCUAAUUUUUAAAAAUCUA